GCAACCCCGCGCGCUCUGAGUCUUUUUCUUUUUGCCUCCAUUUUCUUUCUUUGCCUUAGCUUGUAGUCCGUACCAUGGCAGAGCGUGGUGGUGGUGAUCGUGGCUCCUUUGGACGUGGAUUCGGACGUGGUGGUCCUCGUGGUGGGCGGCGGCGCCGCGCACCCCGCCGUGACGAGGAGGAAAAAUGGGUUCCCGUCACCAAGCUUGGCCGUCUAGUGAAGGAAGGGAAGAUUAGAAGCCUGGAGCAGAUCUAUCUUCAUUCGCUCGCAAUCAAGGAGCACCAGAUCAUCGACCAGUUGGUUGGUCCUAGUUUGAAAGACGAGGUGAUGAAGAUAACGCCUGUCCAGAAACAGACCCGUGCUGGUCAGAGAACCAGAUUCAAGGCCUUCGUGGUCGUCGGUGAUGGAAAUGGCCACGUCGGUCUUGGCGUGAAGUGCAGCAAAGAAGUUGCUACCGCUAUCAGAGGCGCUAUCAUAUUGGCGAAGCUAUCAGUGAUCCCUGUGAGAAGAGGGUAUUGGGGAAACAAGAUCGGGAAGCCCCAUACUGUGCCGUGCAAGGUGACCGGGAAGUGCGGGUCGGUCACAGUCAGGAUGGUGCCUGCUCCUAGAGGCACUGGUAUCGUGGCUGCUCGAGUUCCCAAGAAGGUGCUUCAAUUUGCUGGUAUUGAGGAUGUCUUCACUUCCUCCAGGGGAUCCACCAAGACUCUUGGAAACUUCGUCAAGGCUACAUUUGAUUGUCUAUUGAAGACUUAUGGGUUCCUCACACCUGACUUUUGGAGGGAAACUCGUUUUACAAAAUCUCCCUUCCAAGAGUUCUGGGAUGUUUUGGGAAAACCCACUGGCAAGAUACUUCUCACCGAUGCCCAGGAGAGAGCUGAGGCUUGAACCCAACUUCAGGGUCAGGCUCCAUGGAGAGCUGUUCACAAAAAUUUUUCCCUGAGUUUUACAGUAUAGGUUACUUGAGAUGUUUUUGUUUUCCCCUUGAAAGACUAGCAUGUUGCUUUCUUUUUGUCAAGAUACUGUUUUGAACUGGAUUGUUUCCUUGUUUUUUAACAUAUGGAAGUUUAUUAUUAUUAUUGUUGCUUAAGAUUUUGAUUAUAAAUUUGACAUAAAUGG